AUGUCAAAAGAAAGCGUUAAAACCGAUUACCAGCAAUACGUUGGACCCUACAGGCUAGAAAAAACCUUGGGAAAAGGACAAACUGGCCUCGUCAAAUUGGGAGUUCAUUGCGUACUCAGUAAAAAAGUAGCAAUUAAAAUAAUAAAUAGAGAAAAAUUAUCGGAAUCCGUUUUGAUGAAAGUCGAAAGGGAAAUCGCCAUAAUGAAAUUAAUCGAUCAUCCGCACGUUCUUGGAUUAUCAGAUGUUUACGAAAAUAAAAAAUACCUAUAUCUAGUUCUCGAACACGUUUCCGGUGGAGAAUUAUUUGAUUAUUUAGUUAAAAAAGGAAGACUGACACCGAAGGAAGCCAGAAGGUUUUUUCGACAAAUUAUUUCCGCUUUAGAUUUCUGUCAUAGUCAUUCUAUUUGUCACAGAGAUUUAAAACCGGAAAAUCUUUUACUCGAUGAAAAAAAUAACAUCAAAAUAGCUGAUUUUGGAAUGGCAUCGUUACAACCGAACGGUUCCAUGUUGGAAACAAGCUGCGGUUCGCCUCAUUACGCGUGUCCAGAAGUUAUUAGAGGAGAAAAAUACGAUGGUAGAAAAGCGGAUGUUUGGUCUUGCGGUGUGAUAUUGUAUGCUUUGUUAGUCGGUGCUUUACCUUUUGAUGAUGAUAAUUUAAGGCAAUUAUUAGAAAAAGUUAAACGUGGUGUUUUUCACAUUCCUCAUUUCGUACCACCGGAUUGUCAAAAUCUUCUGAGAGGAAUGAUAGAAGUCAAUCCGGAAAAAAGAUUAACACUCUCGGACAUUAAUAGGCAUCCGUGGGUAACUGCAGGCGGAAAAGGAGAAUUAGAAUUGGAACUUCCGAUGAUGGACGUUGUCCAAACCCACGUUAUACCAUCUGUCGAUGCCAUGGAUCCCGACGUUUUGCAAGCCAUAACGAGCCUGGGGUGUUUUAAAAACAAAGACAGCUUAAUUCAAGAACUUCUUAGCGUUAAUCAUAAUACGGAAAAGGUAAUUUAUUUUUUAUUACUGGAAAGAAAAAGAAGGCGGCCAGCUUUUGAAGAUGAUACGGAAUCAAUUUUGCGAGUUCGUUCAGAAAGUAGUGAUCCACCUCGAAAAAGAAUAGAUACGAUUAAAGUAAACGGAUCGAAUAGUUACCAAUUUGGGCAAAUAAGCGAAGGAAGCCCUCUAACACCAAGAAGACAAGCAUUUUCGGGUAUGAGGUAUCACAGAAGACCUCCUGGAAAUGGUGGCAAUACUGUUAAUCAAAAUUCAUUUAAAUCUAGUCCGAUACAUUCAACUUAUAGCAAUAUACCAAAUGUUAAUUUAACUGCGAUUUUUUCUGAUACAGGAAUGUUAUCACCGGUACCUACAAGAACAUCAUACCAUCAAAGAUCGGUUCACACUUCCAACAACUCAAACGUACGAGGAAAUAAUUGCUUAAAUUCUUCAACCUAUUCAACGACUAGCGUUACCUGUAAUCAUCCAUCGUCACCAGAAUGUCGAAAAACGUUACGAUUCCCUACAAAUCCCAAUUUAAAUAAUUUAUUCGAAGGUUCGGGUACGACGCAAUCAAAUGUCGUGUCACCAGUGGCUCCACCCGUCGUUCAACAUCAAAGAGCUAAUAGUUCAGGUCCUACAGUUCAAAACAUUUAUAACGAAUCCGACAGGCCGUCUAUUAUUUCUUUAACGUCCAACUUGCUGCCUAUGACUCCUCCGGGAUCCCCGCAUGCAACCGCCGCGCAUCACUGGAGAUCUAGACUGACUACAAUUAAAAAUAGCUUUUUGGGAACGCCUAGAUUUCACAGGAGAAAAUUACAAACUUCGUGUGAAGAAGCUCACUUAACACCAGAAUCUUCCCCGGAAUUAACGAAAAAAUCGUGGUUUGGAAAUUUAAUGACAACUGAAAAAGAUGAAACUUUCACAAUAUUAGUCAAAGGAAAGCCACUUGCUUCCGUUAAAGCCGACCUCAUCCAUGCCUUUUUAUCGAUAGCGGAACUGAGUCAUAGCGUAUCAUCGCCAAUGUCGUUUAGAGUAGAAUACAAAAGAGGAACAACAGGUCCGACAAUGUUUCAAAGACAAGUUCGAUUUCAAGUAGAUAUUUCAACAAUUAGCAAACAAACAUCUGACAAUUCCAAAGACUACCUGUUUGCAAUUACCUUUACAUUAAUCUCAGGGAACAUUCGAAGGUUUAGAAGAGUUUGCGAACACAUUCAAAGUCAAGUUUGCAGUAGAAGACCGCCAUCGAGUCCGAGAGCUACGAGAAAAUUUACAACGGAACUAUCGGAAAGUUCAAGUUGUGGAUCGGAUACGAGCGAAAGGCUUUCACCACAUCCUGGUACGAGGCAAAUAGAAUCCGAUGUCGAUUACGAGAAUUCAGUUUUCGAUGUUAAAUCACCCACGAAAGAAUCCGUGCACGAUCGUCAACAAAACGUUUCUCAACAAUUCAUUCGUAGAAAUUCGUCGACGAGUAACAACAACAACAAUCAUCCGAACAUAACCAAGGAUUGUUCGACGACGAGCGACAUGUCUCAAUCACAACAAUUAAGAUCUUCCACACAGCAAGAGAAAAAUGUAGCGGUGAGAAGUCACAGUGAAACAAAAACUGAUGGUUUAGAGGCAUUAGAAAAGUGUAGAGUUACCACAACCUCUGAAAGCAUUGCUUGA